AUGGAGAGCGAUGUGUACGCCUUUGCCGUCGCCAUUCUCGAAGUUGUUAAUUCCCAUUUCUCCAACGUUUCCGACCUCUUCGACAGUAGCUUAUCGAGCAUCGAAGAGGAUGGAGAGGAGCUUGGAGGUGUAAACAACGCGGCCUGGACGCUGAUCAACAGCAUGACGUCAGCUGAGCCGUGUGAGCGUCCAGAUAUGACUCGUGUGGUGCGAGCUUUAACGAACCUGGCGGACCGCGAGCGUACGUGGAGCGACAUGCACUUCCCCGAGUUACUGCUGCAUGCCCCAGACGUGUGGACUGCGCUUCGUGCUGCGAGUCAACGCCACGAAAAUGGAGUUAUUAUGUGUGCUCGCGUGCUUGCUCGCCUCGAGCAGGUGCUAGCUCGGCUGUGGGAUGAGGGACUCAGCUUUGCGGACGGAGAAAACGUGGAGUACAAUUGGCAAACGCGCACCGAGCACUUGAUACGUAGCAUGCGUUAUCUCACAAGACACUAUUUACCGUCUAGUGACCACCGCGAGCUGUCGAAAGUUGCUCUGACGCGUCGAUUUACUGACGAGAUUAAGCAGAUUCACUAUCAACUAGACGCUUUACUGGUCGAGUUCGACAGCGAGAGUCUAUUCCCUGAUUUAAGCCCUAAAGAUGAGACUUCCAGCCAGUCUACUGAGGACUGGGAGCUGCAGUGGGAGUAUGACUGCGGAGAUUUGGUGACUGCGUAUCAUAAAUUUCUCGAUGGGCUAGAAGGAGAACCUGACCGAGAAGAAGAACCCGAUUCGGCUUCAGUUCUGAAAGCAGAAGUGGCUACGGAGGCUAUGGCGCUCAUGAAGCAUGAGCUAGACAACUUCCGCUACGCUUUUUCAGAUGCGCAGCUGGAGCUGAUAGUGCGGGCUGACAUUUGGUCCGAGCUCGUUCACCCUCACAUUGUGGAGCUUUUUGGGGCGUGCCACUUGGGGUCAUCACCAUUCUUCGUCUUCGAGUGUGCUCGAGGGGGUUCGUUGAAGGAGUUCGUUACGAGGUACCAGGCCGCAUUUGGGGCAGCUGCCAAGCCGCCAUCGCAUCUGUGGCGACUACUUCACGAGGCCGCGUUGGGACUGCAGUACCUCCAUGAACGUGAUAUCGUGCACGAGAAGCUUUGCUGUGACAACAUUGUCAUCGUCAUGGAGAAGCCUUCCUAUCCUUCAUACAGGGAUAAAGCCCCUAGACAGUUGAAGAAGAGAAGGCCUUCCCGCGAUGACAAGACCUUACGAGAAGUAGCAAAGCUGAAUGGGCUCCAGUUUGUACCGUUGCGAGACCAGCGCUUGGUUCACGACUGCUUGGCUACACAAGAGGAAGAUGGCUCCAGCUCGGAUCAAUGGCUGGCACCAGAACGCAGGAAUGGCAACGUAGUACCAAGACAGCCCUCGUUAGCAUCGGACAUUUACAGCUUUGAUGAGCAACUUUUCGAGCAUCUACCUGUGCAGCAACGUCAUGACGCGUGGGAGCUCGUGAAGAAAAUGUGCGCUCAGCAACCGGAACUUCGUCCAACCAUUUCCCAUGUCGUACAGCAGCUCGGAAGUUUGGCAAAAGCGCACUCGAAAGAUCGGCCCGGCAGCUGCCAUUUGCGCGAAGAGGCUGAUGAACGGACGAGCUUAGCGGACGAUUCUCAACCGGUUGACACUGAGAGCGAAGGCGUGCCAGUUGCAGACAUCAUCAUACCCAGCGAACCAAAGCCUUUGACGAUCCCACAAGUGCUGCAAGCAUUGAACUCACAAAUCCUGGAAUCGGCGGAAGGAGAAAAUGCUGAUAUUUCAAACUUGGAGGCGAGCAGUGGAAGUGACUUAAAUUUGCAGAUCUUAAUGCGACUUCAAGACAUCUACCAGCGCCUGUGCGAAGCCGAAUUGAGUGCAGACGAAGAGAGUGACGGCACCGAUGACAACAACCUGUCGACCAUCGCAUCUGACUUCGUGGAGGCGCUUGUGCAAUUCCGAGCGCACGUUAACGCUAGCCGCACAAGAAACCGCGUCACUCAAAUCGCGGCAAUCCGUCAGCGUGCCUCCGACAAGUUCUCCUUCCACAAGGAACUUGACGACUUGCUGGAAAGACUUCACGCGUAUCAACCGACGGAGAACUUGAAAAACUCACAGAUCCACGACUGGAAGUGGCAAUGGUACGCCAAGCGCGCUCGACAAACCGAAAGUUUCGAGUGGACGCUGAUCAAACCAGAGGCUGUCGAGUUGCUGCUUGACGAGCUGCAGUACGCCCACGACCGCGAAGAAAUGCUGGCGUUCUUGCGCUUUGAAGUCACACGCCACCGCUCGAGUUACACGCCUGCCCAGGUCGAAGCCAUAGGCGCAACGUGCACGGACAUCUCUCGUCGGCUCAUCCAGGUGGUUCCCACUUCCAUCUAUGGCGACCUCCAAAGUGGUUUAUCCCGCCUUAUGAGGUCGACGCAAAACAGCCCAAAUAACGGCGCUGAGCCCCAGUCCAGCGUCGUGUUCUACCGGGAGCUGAGCAUCUGGUCCCGACUCAACCAUCCGUACGUGGUCAAGCUCUACGGCGGGUGCCACGUUGGCGGUCAACCUUUCUUCGUGUGUGAACACGCCAGCAACGGACGUCUGGACGCGUAUCUGCAUCGGUUCGAAGCCAAAAGUCUCGGCGAGGGCAGUGCAGGCACCAGCAACUACAGCAGAGACCGAUCGACGUCGACAACCAGCGGAAAUGCCAGUGGCUUCAGCCGUAGCACGUCGAACACCUCAAGUGCCGGGUAUUCGGUGGAGAGCGCAGCCAGCUACCGACGCUGUGAAGCGUGGCAAAAGCUGCGUCAGAGCGCGCUCGGGUUGCAGUAUUUCCACCAACACAGCAUCGUGCACGGGGAUCUCAAGUGCGACAACAUCCUCGUGGCUGCGGACGGCACGGCCAAGCUCACAGACUUCGGACUCAGCACAAUACGCCGCUACGUCACCGACGAGAAGGAACGCAGCGCUGAUUCAUCCGUUGUGGGCGCUCAGAGGUGGAAGGCUCCGGAGUGUUUAGCUGGUGAACCACCCAGCUUCGAGUCCGACGUGUACUCGUUCGGCAUGUGCGUGCUUCAGGCGGUGAGCGGUGAGUUCCCGUGGGGUUCUCGGAUGCCCGACGCUGCCGUCCGCUUCCACGUGCGACGUGGCGUGCUGCCUCCGCGACCCAAGGGCUUCGAGGACGACGCGCACUGGGACCUCAUCCGACAAAUGUGCUGCUUCGACCCUCAGCAGCGUCUCAAGCUGCCCGUGGUCGUGCAACGCUUGACUCGCUUCGCGGACCUGGAGGCGCGUAGACAACGCGGAGGAGUCGGCGUGCACAUGCGCGAGCUGUUGUUCGGAGGCUCCGCCACGAGUUAA